CAGUCGUGUUGAAAGUUAAAAACUGAAAUGUUGAAGAAAUUUCUUUGCUUGUUUGCGCUGAUUAGUGUAAUUGGAUUCAUCAGCGAGUUGCCAAGCGCCGAUUGCGCCACUACCACUCAAAUAACAGUUGCUGCAACAGAACCUUCGGCAGCUGCUGCAGAUGCAGAUUCCUUAGACGCUGAUGGAGAUUCUCCAGGUGCUGAUGAGGAUUCAUUAAGCCCUGAUGGAGUAACGUCAUGUACUGAAGCAGAUUCGAGUACAGAAGCAGAUGGAGUAACGUCAAGUACUGAAGCUGAUGCAGAUUCAUUAAGCGCUGAUAGAGAUUCGUUAAACGUUGAUGCAUAUUCAUUAAAUUCUGAUGGAGAUUCAUUAGACGCUGAUGGAGAUUCAUUAAACGCUGACGGAGAUUCACUAAACGCUGAUGCAGAUUCAUUAAACUCUGAUAGAGAUUCGUUAAACGUUGAUGCAUAUUCAUUAAACUCUGAUGGAAAUUCAUUAGACACUGAUGGAGAUUCAUUAAGCGCUGAUAGAGAUUCGUUAAACGUUGAUGGAGAUUCAUUAAACGCUGACGGAGAUUCACUAAACGCUGAUGGAGAUUCAUUAGACGCUGAUGGAGAUUCAUUAAACGCUGACGGAGAUUCACUAAACGCUGAUGCAGAUUCAUUAAACGUUGAUGUAGAUUCAUUAGAUGAUGAUGAUGAUUAUUUAUUAGCCUGUGAUGGAAAUGGAAAAAAAUCCGACGUAGGCGCAGGGCUGGUGCCAUUAUUAAAAGUACAUAUAUGGAGAUAUUAAUGAAUUAAAAUUUUGAAAAAAGUGUACGAAAAUAAAAAUAUAAAUAUAAA